AUGGGAAUAGACAUUGUUAACUUCUACAGCAGCUAUGGUAGUUAUCAUAACAAUAAAGUGUAAAUUUAUAUAAUUAUCAAAAAUACAGGAACAAGGCAAUUCAUUUAAUAUGCAUUCCACUCAUUUUGUUAUCAGCUAUUUAAAUUGUCAACCAUUACUCAUUCACAAUUGAUACAGGUUGUUGUCAAUUAAAUUUUGGUAUAAUAACAUUGUUUGUUCUUGCUUUAGUCUAUAUGGCUGUAGACUUAUUUAGUGGAGUAAUAUUUAUAUUAUCUAUGAUACACUAAAGAUUCUUGCUUCGUCAUUUUAUAUAGCAAUAACACUCUAUCUCAAUUAACGUUUCACUAAUGCUGAUGAGGCUUUAUGGAAUCAUCAUUUGUGUGUUGCCACUACCUUCCAAAUCACUUGUUGGAUUUUGUAAUUUAUUGGACAUGGAGUGUUUGAAAGUAAUCCUAUACAUUAUUUUCUAAUUUUCUUAGAAAGAGCCCCUGCCCUUUUAGAUAAUAUUCUAUAGAUAUUUGUUGCACCUGACUUUGUAUUUUUAGAAUUAAUGUUCUUUUUUGGUUACAAACCUGAAAUCCAUAAGGCAUGUCAGAAUUAGAUAUAAAACAAUAUCAAACAAUUUAGAAAUUCAAAGAAACAAAAAUGA